AUGCGAAAAUUUGAAUGCAAGAGAAUAGAAAGCAGACUUGCAGUCUAUAUGUUGGACCCAGAUAUUUCAAAUGCUUUAGCUGCCAAAUAUAUUGCAGUUCCACUUAUGUUCCCUAUACACCAAAUAUCUGUCAAAGACUUUGCAGGUGAAGUUGGAAACCAAAGUGCUGACCCAGGUGCAAGAACAGAUAUUGCUUUACAACUGCAAUGA